AGGCUGAGCUCCCUCCCUCCUUCUCCCGGCUCUUUUUUUUUUUUUUUGCGGCUGCCGGGGGUGUUUUCAGGGAGGGGGAGAAACCACUCUGCGGCUGGUGGAGGGGGGCGACCGUGUUGGCGCCCUUCCUCCCCCCGCGGAAGGAGCGAUGGAGCUGCCGCCUCUCAGCCUCGGGGCCGGGAGGAAAUAGCGCUCUGCCCACUCUCAGCUGCACGUCUCCCUUUCGGGACCACCGGUGCCGCCGCUCCUCUUGCUUUCUUAACGCCGCAAAGCCCUGGGAGCCCCUUCCCCUGACUAAUUUUUAAUCCGUGUAGUUUGGGCUUCAUUUAUUUCCCCUGUUCCACCCUUCGAGCUCCGGGUCUCCUGGAACCCUCGUCCUGCGGAACUCCCUGCCUCUUGAUUGCCAGCGCGAAGCCCUCGGGAAAGGGGGCAGGCGCGCUCCAGUCCGUCCGUUUGCUUGUGGCGGUGGAUUCCCCACUCCUGGCGGGCAGCGAUGUUGCUGUCGCCUCUCUCCUCGUCGUCGUCUUUCCCGCAGUUAACCCAAGGGAACCGUAAAAAGCAAAGCCCCAGCUCUUAGUUGCGAAAAUGUGGCAAAGCAUUGGCCUGUCCUUGUUGGUCGUCGUGGCCGCCCUCGCUUGCUUUCUGCUCCUGGUGCUCUGCGGUUGGUACGUUGUCUGGCACCUCUUCCUAUCGCAGUUCCGGUUCUUACGAGAGCUGAUAGGAGACACAGGAUCUCAACAAGGGGAUAAUGCCGUGGUUGAGCCCGAAGCAGACCAGGAUGUGCCAGCUGCUCCCCAGAGGAGAUCUGCCCGGCAGCGAAGGGCGCCUGCUGAAGAAGCAACUUAAUUGGAGCUUCCUGGGCAAUCCUCAAGAGAUGGGCAGCCGGUGACUCUUCCGUGGCUUAGUAGUUUGGUGCUGCUGAUAUGCCGAAUGGGGACAGCCAAGUAUUUGUGAAUUCCUUUACUCCUGGAAUUUAACUAUGCACUGCUUCGGAAGAGGUUCCGGCGAGAUUUUAAUGGAGAGCAAGAUAGGACCGAAGAGAAACAGGGAGAGCGGAGCAGAAAUGGCUCCUCCCUGCUUGGGAGAAGAGUCGGCAGGGAGUGCCACUCCUGGAUCUGUUCCUCAGUGGUUAGGCCCAGUGUGAAUCUGUGGAUGAGCUUCCCAAAGCUGAAAAUGGUUACUGACUGCUUUUGUGUAGGACUGCAACUCAUCGCAGGUGGCAUCUCUUGCGAUCCUUCAUUUCUACGUCUUGCAAAGAGGAAGCGUGUCUUUACUUGAGCCUUAUCCACUUACACAAGGGUGUUCUGAUUUGGUCAAUGACCUAAAAAGCGUGCCUCUGUCCAUGGGCUAAAUUCGCUGUUAGGCUCAUGCGGAGGCUUUGACAACUGACUUAAACAUAAGUAGGCAAUGAAACACAGCAUUUUAGUUUCAAUGCACAGCAGUUCCUUGCUCUGCUCUGCUUUUAUUCUUAAGAGCUCAUCAGGCUUGUGCACAAGUGUGUAUGUGUCGUCAAAUCCUUUCUUAUUUCCAUAAUAGAGAGAGGACAGGAGUAUCUGUUACAAACCUUUCAUGGAAUAUCUUUUUUUUUUAAAGGCACUAACUAAUUGGUUUGAAGUAAGCUGCUUCUUUUUUUUUGCAUCCUUUGCACCAAAAAUCAGUUGAAACGACUUACAGACAAACCUCGGGGGGGGGGGGGCAGCUUUUUAACCAUAGUCUCGCCCUAUUGCUAAAUUGUAUGACUGGGACCUUUGCAUCUUUUGUUCCUCAAACAAAUGAUCGGUUUAGCAAAUGCUUCUGCUUUGCCUUCGGGCAAAGGGAGCCCCCCACUUGAUUGACACUGCUUUCAGUAUUGCUAAACACAUAAAACUAGCACCUGUAACUGUAGUAGAAGAUCACUGAUACUGACCUUGAACCAGUGGUAGGUAAGAGAUGAUGAUGCCCCCCCCCCCCCAGGAUGCUCACGGCUGACUUUUCCUUCAAGUCCAGGAUGUGUCUUGUUGAGUUGUGUUGACUUUCUUCUUGUUCAACUCCUUGCAGUUUUGCUCAUCAGUGACUACGGAAAAGUGUCUUAAUGCUUGAUAGCAGCUGAAAUCAAGCCCUCCUGAAGACUCUUAUCUAUAGACUCCUCGUUUUGAACAGCAACCUUGAGUGACCUCCUUUAACAUUUGGGUCAUGAGCCUUGUUUGUUUGGGGGUUUUGUUUGUUCCUUGUCUAGUUACCUGUGUACACCCUAUGGAAAAGCAAAAAGCAAUUUGAAGAUGACAAUAUUCACAAACCCAUCAAUGGCUCCUACCUUCCCACCCUCUGCAGUGGUUGCCCUGCUCUUAUUUUAUUUUCUUGGAAACUCCUCUCUGUUCUGUUUUUAAUUAAUACCUAUUGGAGCGUGUAAUGAACAUGGCACUACAGGCCUGUUUCAUGUACUGCACGACAGCAAACCUGGGUCUGUGCACAUAAAAAAACCGAUGCUCUUAAAUCUGGAGACGUUGCAAAUGAAAACCCUGGCGUAUCAAAAAAGAUAUCUGCAACUGGCUUCUUUAAGGUGGAUGUGGUGGGAGGAAAUACUUGAAAUUAAAUAAUGCCAGUUGUUUUCAGACUAAUCUGCCUCAUUUUCUCCCCCCUCCCAAUCCGUCCCACAAAUGGUUGCCUUAUCAGAUAUAUAUAACAACAGUCCACUGGAUGAUAUCAGCUUUUUAAAAAAAUGCAGCGCAAAACUUAUUUGUCCAUGAAAGCCAAUGACUGAUUGUUCCCUGCCUCCCAUUAGACUCUGUGUUGCACCUGCUGAUUUUCAGGGUUCACCAGACAUUUUCAAAUUUGUGAAACUCUCGUGAGCACCGCACUCCUGUGUAAUGUAACCAUGCCCCUCCUGUAACCUAUUCUACUGGCUCCUGUAAAAUGCUUCCUUCAAGACUUCAGUGGAGGCAAGCAGAGCAGCUCCUGGGAAGGCCUGCGGGUGCCACGUUGGUGACCCCUGUUUGAAGUUUUCAUCCUGUUUCUGAUGGCUCUUGUUUUUCUCUGUAAUAGAUAUUCUGAAAAGGCUUCACUUAGGGGGGAAGCUAAGAUACAUUUCAUUCAAAGAUGCGGAAGGGCACCAGACACCCCUCCUGCAGCUUGGUGAAAUGUCCGUACCAUAGCUGCAUGCCUGGAAAACUAGUGCUUGUUGUCUGUUCCCUCUGAACCAAGGAAUGGAUCAUCCACCGGGCAGUUUCAGAAGUGGGCAAAAUUGUGGCUGUACAGGGCUGUAAUGACCUCGCCUUCAAAGCAAAGAAGCACAGUGACUCAGAGUUGAUGAGGGCUUAUUGCUUGCCUCAAUUUUCCUUCAAUGUAGCAUUCAGCAGUGUGACACAGAGGGCUCAGGGAAAGCUUGUUGACACGGUGCCCUUCUGGCUAGAUUGGUAUCCCUUGUCCAGCUCACUGCUUCUUGAGCAGGACACCUGUAAUCAUUUCCUCCUGACAUUUUGGAAAAUGGAGAACGCUAUCCCCUAAGCAAUCCUGCUGCCCCAGUCUGUUUCAUACCAGUAGCACUGCGCCUGCCGACAAUGUAGCACUCUUCUAGCUAUGUUUGCACAUCACAUGCUUGGUCCACACCAAGUAGCUUUCCACCUUUUGGAUUAUCCAAUCAGUUACAGGCUGAGUACUCUUCCCCCUGAGCCACCUCCUGCAUCCCAGUCAAGUUUGGCUGUGGUGAAGAGUUUGGUUGAAAUGCUACACACGUUAGCUGUGUACUGAGUUCAUGAGCAUUUCCUGCGAAAACAGAGAUGGAGAACCUUCGGCCCUCCAGAUGUUGGUGGGCUACCAUCACCCUUGAUCAUUGGCUGUGCUGGGCUUGAUGGGAGCUGGAAUCCAAUGAUGUGUGGAUUGCCCAAGGUUCCCCAACCUGUGCUAAAAGGUUCUCGAAUGAAUUGUGAUGUCAGUCAGAGUCCCCAAAAAGGCCUAGGGAAGAUCCCUGGAAGUCUGGUUGGAGGAGGAGGGCUGUUCCCCUGAGCUGGAAGUAUUCCUUAAUGGAAGCAUUGGUGGGGAGAUGUGACGCCAUGGACUCUCCAUUGACUCAUGCCCUAAAGAGCAGGUGGUGAUGACCUCAAGAUUCUCCCAGGCCCACAAACAGCCCCUAAGCAGAGACUGAAGAGCUUUCAGUGACAGUGGAUUGAGGUAGUUGAGUAGGGGGAGGCCAAAAUGCUUCUCUGCCCCCAAAGUGGGCAACCUCAAGCAGAUCCGAUCUGUUUCUCCUUAACGCAAGCUUGCAUUUAGUACAAACGACAACAACGUUAUCGUUCACAAACCUGCACCAGUGUUUGGACUUGCCCAAAGACUAAUGGAAAGGUUACCUAACUGCAGGUACUCUUUAAACUGAUCAGUAACUAUGAGUUGACUCAGUCACAUAAGAAGUGGAGGCAGGUUCUAGCCACAAAGGCUAGCUGGAGUGGAUUGAGUUAGGCUAGCUGGAGUGCAGUUGAGUUAAAAUAAAUUGCACCUUUAGCAGAUAAAGGGUUUUCUUCAGAACCUUAGAGCACGUUGCACCACCAAGGCUUGUGGAAGUUAUGUGAGACCCAGUGAAAUUCCGUGCAGGUUUACUUGGAAAUAUACCGCCGUUCUCACUGCUGCUUACUCAAUAAUGACAGAGGGUUGCAGCUUUUGGCUCAUGCAAGCAAUGGCAAGUGACUAUGUGAAAGUGCUUCAUAGGAAAUAGGGGCAGGGGCUCUCUAUAUAGCUUGCCACUUGCAAGAGUGGCGUUGUACGUGUCACUUUGCACGUAGUGUCCAGUUGUGACACAUGUUUUGCAAUUGGGAAUUUUGCCUUAAAAAACAAACAAGCCUGCUCUUUGUCCCCUGUUUCACCUAAAAUUCAAGCUAUUUUAUCUGGACCCGUUUAAGAAAACCAAUUUUAGCUGUUGCUCACCUUUUCUUCAAACAUUAUGGAAUUUUAAUACGUGCAAGGGAGUUGAGAGUUUUAUGUUUGUCGCUUCCUCUGUUAGUAUUGCAACCAUUUUAAUGAAUAUGGCAUUCAGUAGUUUGACCUGCUAGCUGCCGACAUCCUUACGACUUCUGCAGAUGAGUAGGGUAAACACUCGGCAUGCAGACAUAAACAGAAAUAAUAGUAGAUAUUAUUCGUCCCCACCAAAAUGAAGAUUGCAUUUAAGAUCCGUUUGCUUACAAAAUGCUCCUUUGUCUCUACCGCGGUGCAACUAGUAGGUGUCACAUUGUGGAAACACCAGGUAGCUUUGUAAAAUAACACAUUCUGAAUCGUACAUUCACAUCACUGCUGUUGCAGUCAUCCCUGGGAUAUGCCGUUCACUGCAUCACAGCUGAUAAGUAGUUUUGCUGCUCCCGGUGACGUUCGCAGUGAAUUAGUUUACACCUGCAGAUGUUCCAACAUCAGUCAUGGCCAGCGUUAUACGUAGAUGGCCGCAGUAACAUGAGGUUUCCUGUGCUCAUUGGUUAAAUAUGUAUACUGUACCAAAUGUUUUUGUGUGUUCUGACUCCAUCAUGCUAACUAUUUUCUCUUUUUUAAUUAUUAUUUCUUAACUUAAAACUGACUCCACCAGUAACUUGACAAAUAAAAUGUAAACAACCCAGCUUGAUAUGGGUGCCCAAA